UGCAUGGAGACCAAGCCUUGCUCUCUUUCCUGUUUUUGUCAAAUGGUCACGCUGUAACUGACAUACAGUGAGAUUCCCCUUUCUAAUGUGACUUUUGACAAUCAAGGUAGGGAACAGGAGCAGCUGGCCACUCAGCAUUACUUCCCAGAUGCUCGUUCCCCACAUCCCUUCUCUGUCUUCUACUCUUCCAGCCAGAGGCUCAUAAAAUGGAAUCACUUGGGUCUGGCUUCUUUCACUUAACCCUACUGGUCUUUGAAACGGGGCUACACAGUAUCACACCAUAUACAUAUCUAGUUUGCCAGUUGAGGCUGGGCCUGGAGCCCCACGCCCGAGGCGGGACCGCCCUGCUGCUAUGGCUCCCGAGACCCUCUCAGGAACCAGUGUCUUUUUUCUGCUAUGUUAUUUUGUUUUGCAGGCUGAGAGCAACUGUGGUUUGGGGCAAGGAUGUUUGCCUUGAGCAAAGGGCAUUGAACCUGGGCCAGCUCCCCUUGGCUGGGGAGCAGCUCCCUCAGCAGUGGCCCUGAGAACGCCACAGGCCGGCCGGUUGUGGGUCCUGGAGAAUGGCCGUGUGUGGACACUGGGAAGGGUGAGCUGACAGUAGCUCUCCCUUCAGCUUCCUGUGUGCUGAAGAGGAGCCUGCCGGAAGCCGCUUCUGCGGAGAGAGCACUUCUUGGCCUAAACCCCUCCUCAAGUCCUUGAAGCUUUUCCUGAGAUCUGGUUCUGUAGAAAACACGUUUCACCCUUCCUGCUACCCACUGUGCCCAAGGCCUUUGGAUUUUGCCUUUGGCAGCAUCCAUCUGCUGUCACGUUUCCACCGUCACAGGCCAAGAUGUGCCUGGGUGACCUUUCAUUUCUCGGCUUCACUCUUAAUCCCACCAUCCACACGCCACACAGGAGGCAGAGGGGGCUUUUGAAAAACUGCAGAUCUGAUCCUGUCCUGCUGAAAUCCCCACUGAAGUAUUCUCAUUAAGGCCCUGUCUGCCAGGCCGCUGCUCAUCCUGCCUCCCGCCCUGGUCCCCUCGAAACUGUUGUGAGUGUGCCCAGGCCCCCUUGCUCCUGUCUCAGAACCUUGCUACCUUUUGCUGCCUCCCGAUCUCCUUUUCCUUUCCUCCUUUAAUCCAGAUUCUGCCUCCUCUGGGCCUCCUGUGGCUUUCCCUCAUCUCUUUCCUAGCACGUCUUACACAGUUUUGUUAUCCAACUAACUGUUCUCUGCCACCGAGGUGUGCAAGACGCACCAGGGCAAGACGAAAUCUGUUUUGCUCACUAUGAUAUUUGCUAAGUGAAUGGACGAUCAUAACUAAUGAAAAACUCAAUGUCAAGACCACUGGACACACCCUGAGCAAAACGCAGCAGACCAAGCUCACCGUGGGCAGCAUGGGCCUGGGCUUGAUCAUCAUCCAGCAUGGGCCCUACCUGCAGAUUACGCACCUCCUCAAGAAGAGCCCUGCAGCCAAGGACGGGAAACUCCGGCCAGGUGACUGUGGUUUCCCACCCUCCUCUCUGCCUUCAGAGGGUCAUGUGUUUGCAGUAUACCCAUAAAGGUGAUGUACUCAUUAGCGUUGGCCAUGCUAAUGUGUUAGGAUAUACGCUUCGAGAGUUUUUACAGCUUUUGCAACAGACUACCAUAGGAACGGUACUAGGAAUCAAGGUCUAUCGAAGUUUUAUUGACAUACCCAAAGAAUGGCAAGAAAUCCGAGAUUUGAUCCCAGAGACCAAAUUCCCAGUAACAAGCGCACCAAAAAAACCCCAGGAGGCAAAAGAUGAAUCUUUCACAAGCAGCGAGGACAAUGAAGAAGUCGUUUUAGAUAAAAGACUUAAAUAUUACAGGUAUCCUCGGUCCAUGGGGCAUCACCCUGCAAUGAAACCAGUAUCUAUUUCCAAAGAAUGGCAUGGCUAUAAAAAGAAGAACCAGACUAUCAGUGUGGGGAAAGACAUUAGCUGUGAUGUGAUGAUUCACAAGGAUAAGGAAGUGAGAGCCCCUUCUCCAUACUGGACAAUGGCGAAACAAGACCGAGAAAGCUCUUCCUCCUCCUCCAUCUCCUCUGCCUCGGAUGCGUUUUGGCUGGAAGACUAUGCCCAAGCGGAAAAGGGCAAAGGUCAUCCACCAUCCAGUGUUAAGCACUAACCUGCCACUCUAUGGCUGUAACAGCAUUUAUCUUGAAAACUCCUAAUUUCUGUGCAUCACCACAUACAGAUUUGCUCCACUUACAGGAAUCCAUGCAGACUUUUAGAUGAAAUCUCUUUCGUGACUGUGCUCCAAGCCUUCGGGGACUGGCUCCAGUGUGAGAUCUGUCAACUCCCAUGGGCUUUUGCAGGCCUCACAAAUCUUAUUCCCAGAACAGCAACAUCAUCCAGAUGAUCAGGACCUUCCUUUCUGAGAACUUCUCAACUUUUAGAAACACAGUAGAGGAACUCAACAUCAGAAUGUCUGAACACAGCAAAAAGCUUCCCUUUUAAAGUGGUCAUUUCUUUGAAUGAGGACGACACAUAUACCUGAGCUAACAAGGAAGCUGUUUGCAGAUCUGAUAGUAAAGGGCCGACUGCAUCCACACUGCAGACGGGAAUCAGACGGCAUGAGAACAACUCAAGACAGCCCAAGAAAGCCUAUGCAUUCCUUUGGCAACUGGAUCGUGAAGGUUAAGCUCUCUGACAUUAAAUUCUAAGUUUUCGUUUACUUACAUUUACGAUAUCAGCAUCAGCCACCGAGUCAAUCUGCUGAAGGACUGUGGAUGGUGGCACGUAAGAACCAGCAAUCAGAGCCUGGGACCCAACCUCAUCCAGGAAGCCCUCUGAAGACUCUACUGACAUUAGAUAUCCAGCUUUCAGCUUGUUCCUGUCCAAUAAAAAGCAGCAGUCAGUUCUGUAGAGCAAGGCAGUGUUAAAGUAUGUCCCCAAAACUCUUCAACAAGUUUUUGGUAAAUAGGCAAAUUAACAGUUACAGUGCUAAGGGUCUCCAUUCUGUUUCCUCACCAAGUAUUAUUUAUAAUUUGGAAGGGUGUAAUACAAACCUACACUGAAAACUUAA